CCUUCCUUUUCGGCGGCCGCCAUUCUGAGCGGUGGGUGAGUGUGGCCGGCUCUCGGGGAGUCGGCGCCUCCGCGGGACCCGCGUGGAUCUCUGCGUAACAGCUGAAUUAAAAUCCAGCCUCUGAAGAAAAUCACAAUUUGUAAAAAUCCAAGAUGCAGAACGAUGCUGGUGAAUUUGUUGAUCUUUACGUUCCACGUAAAUGCUCUGCAAGCAGCAGAAUUAUUGCUGCAAAGGACCAUGCUUCCAUACAAAUCAACAUUGCUGAGGUUGACAAAGUAACAGGAAGAUUUAAUGGUCAGCAUAAAACUUAUGCUAUCUGUGGAGUUAUCCGUAGAAUGGGUGAAUCAGAUGAUUGUAUCUUGCGGCUGGCUAAGAAUGAUGGCAUUGUGGCCAAAGUUGUCUAACAAGCUGAAGACUAGUUAUGAAAAGUUUCAUGUUUGUAUAGAAAUAAAAAUUUGAGCAAAAAAAGGUGCUUUUAUGUUUUUAUU